CAUUUCCUAUACGCUAUACAUGCAUCCUUUUUAUGUUGAUGGAUGAAGAUUUUCGCCUAGAAUGUGUAGCCGCUGAAUCUUUUGUCAACCACUUGAUAAGAUCAUACGUACCUUUCUUUAUGUUCUUCGUCUCUGAAAAUCUCUUACAGCCACAAGUUGUGCAAAUUAUACCUAAAAUUUUCCUAUGUUUAACACUCCUUCAUUAGCAUUUAUAGUUUCAUCAAUGUCGUGAAGAUAUUUACUCCUCUCUCCACAUCUAUAAGUGUGUGCAAACAUGACAAGACUUGCACACACCUAAUCAAGAUAAUCAACAUGGGAACCCUUUACCAAAAGCAGGCCCCUCCUCUUCUCCAAGACCUCAAGAUCACUAUCCUCGACACAUUUCCGGUUUUUCCAUCCCAAGAAACUGUGAGAAAAUCCAUCUUCUUAUCAAAUAUAGACCAAGUGCUCAACUUCCACGUGCAGACACUUCAUUUUUUUCCAUCCCAUAAAGAUUUUCCUCCUCAUGUUGUGGCCGAUAAACUCAAAAUUGCCCUUGAAAAAUUACUUGUGACAUAUGAUUUUUUUGCCGGAAGAUUGACGAUGAACCCUGAAACGGGUCGUUUAGAGAUUGAUUGUAACGCCGCUGGAGCUGGUUUUGUGGUGGCAUCUAGUGAGUGCAGCUUAGACGAGGUCGGAGAGUUGGUUUAUCCAAAUCCUGCGUUUGGGCAACUCAUUCUCAAGGCCAUGGAUAUUCUGAACAAAGAAGAUCAACCACUAUGCAUUUUUCAGGUGACUUCAUUUAGGUGUGGUGGCUUCGCAAUCGGCAUAUCAACAAACCAUGUCACUUUUGAUGGAAUAAGCUUCAAAACCUUCUUAGACAACUUGGCCGCCGUAGCUGCUGGCGAGCAUUUAGCCGUUGUGCCAUUCAAGGACCGUCAGCUCCUCGCCGCUCGCUCCCCACCACGCGUCAGCUUCCCUCAUGCAGAGCUGCUCAAGCUCAACACUCCCUUGGCCCAAGAAUCGAAUGCUUCAGUGUUCGACCUCUCCAAAGAAUCACUAGACUUCAAGAUUUUCAGGCUAACUUCCACUGACAUCUGUAAGUUGAAAGAGAAGGCCAAUACCCAUAAUGCCACUGACGGUGUCCGCAUCUCAAGCUUCAACGUGGUGACCGCUCACAUUUGGAGGUGCAAGGCGUUGUCAUAUGAAGAAGAAGGAGAAGUAGGGCAAGAUCUCGAAAGGGUGUCGACAAUUCUUUAUGCAGUGAAUAUUAGACCAAGAUUGGCACCUCCUUUACCAGCUUCAUACACUGGAAAUGCAGUGUUAACAGCAUAUGCAUGUGCAAAGUGCAAGGAACUUGAAGAAGGACCAUUUUCAAGAUUGGUGGAGAUGGUAGGAGAAGGGGCAAAGAGAAUGAAUGAUGAGUAUGCAAGAUCUGUUAUAGACUGGGGAGAGAUAAACAGAGGAUUCCCACAUGGGGAGUUUUUGGUAUCAUCGUGGUGGAGGUUAGGGUUUGAAGAAGUGGAGUAUCCAUGGGGUUGUCCAAGGUACAGUUGCCCACUGGUGUAUCACAGGAAAGACAUUAUCUUACUGUUUCCAGAUACUGUUGACAAUAAUGGUGUGAAUGUUUUGGUGGCCCUCCCAAGCAAGCAAAUGGGAAAGUUUGAAAUCUUUUUCCACAAAUUCUUAUCCACUUGAAACCCCAGAUGACAUGCUGGCCAUGGGUUGUGUCAUCAGUCAUGAUAGUUGUGUGUACUGCUGCUUUUCUAUAUGCAUUUGUGCUAGCCAAGUACAGGAAUAAAAUGGAAACUAAAGCUAAACUCGUCACUAUAACAGUGACGAUAAGAUUGUUUUCCAUUUCUGUCCUUACAUGAAUUCUCUAUUUUGUC